AUGUCCUGUGUUACCCACUGCCCCCUUUGUGUCUAUAAGACCACCGAGUUGCUGAUCCGCAAGGUGCCCUUCCAGCGCUUGGUACGUGAGAUGGCCCAGGACUUCAAGACUGACCUGCGCUUCCAGAGCUCGGCCGUGAUGGCGCUGCAGGAGGCCUGCGAGUCCUACCUCGUGGGGCUAUUCGAAGACACCAACCUGUGCACCAUCCACGCCAAGCGGGUGACCAUCAUGCCGAAAGAUAUCCAGCUGGCUCGUCGCAUUCGUGGAGAGCGUUCUUAG